AGACACGGCCCAGGAUCUCGGCUCGGGGGGUGCCGCGACCAGACCCUGCCGCUGAGCGGAGCCCCCCAGACGAGACGCGGGCCGGGGUCCGAGGGAGGGGCGCGGCGGCCAGGCCGGUCGGGCGGAGGCACGGCCGGCCCCCCCUCCCGCUCCCGCCGCGGGGGGAGAGCUGCGGCAGCGCGGCUGGGCGGUCGCGGCGCCGGCCCUCCCCGCCCUCGCAUUCAACUGGUGGGACCCCCCCCCCCGUCCUCCGCCCCCGGCACCGGCGCGGCGUGCAGGAGGCGGCGGGACGAAGUCGAUAGCAAGGGGGGGGGGGGGGAGCGGCGGGCGGCCCGGCCCGGCUCGGCCCGGCGGGGCGGGCGCCGCUGGCGGAGGAUGCGGGCGGCGGCCCGGCGGCGCGGGCGGCUGCAGGCGGGCGGCGGGCAGCGGCGCGGCGCCUGACCGCAGGGCUCCGCUCCGCUCCCGAGGAUGCUGGGGGGCGAUGCCCGGCGACAGGGAGGACGAGAUUUGCCAGAAAGCGCUGCAGCUGCUGGCCGAGCUGUGCUCCGUCGGGGCGGUGGAGAACGAGAACUGCCGGGAUUUCAUCUACUACCUGCGGGACAGAGCCCGGCCCCGCCUCACCGACUCAGAUAUCUCAAUAAGCUUGCUCUCCCUAGUUGUCACAGCCUGUGGUCUUGCUCUGUUUGGUGUCUCUCUGUUCGUGUCCUGGAAGCUUUGUUGGAUCCCUUGGCGAGAGCGUGGUCUGCCAUUUGGCAACAAAGACAACAAACAAGAAUCAUUGAACUACACAGAUACAGAGACCAAUGACCAUGACUACAGUGAGGAUUAUCUGGGUCAGCCUACAGCCUAUCCGGAGUCCUCCAUGAAGAUAAGCCACACCUCCCCUGAUAUUCCAUUAGAUGCUCAGGCAGGAACGAAGGAGAACUGCGUACACAAUGUGCGAAUGCAUCGUCAGAUCACUGAACCAACCUCUUCUGCUCGGCAUAAUUCAAUCCGAAGACAGCUCAACCUCUCCAACCCUGACUUCAACAUCCAGCAGGUUCAGAAACAGGAGCAGCUGACGGGGAUUGGCCGCAUUAAGCCAGAGCUAUAUAAACAAAGAUCAGUGGACACAGAUGAUGGCCGGAGGAGUAAUAGCAAGGCAUGUGGAAAACUGAACUUUAUUCUGAAAUAUGAUUGUGAUUUAGAGCAGCUGAUAGUGAAGAUACACAAGGCCAUCAACCUGCCAGCAAAGGACUUCUCUGGAACUUCGGAUCCAUAUGUGAAGAUAUAUCUGCUUCCUGAUAGGAAAACAAAACACCAGACUAAAGUGCACAGAAAGACCCUAAAUCCAGUAUUUGAUGAAGUUUUUUUAUUUACUGUCCCAUACAAUGAUCUGAACGCAAGGAAACUCCAUUUCUCUGUGUAUGACUUUGACAGAUUCUCCAGGCAUGACUUGAUUGGCCAAGUGAUAGUGGAUAAUUUUUUAGAUUUGGCAGAUUUUCCCAGGGAAUGUAAUAUUUGGAAGGAUAUUGAAUAUGUCACCAAUGAUAAUGUGGAUCUUGGUGACCUGAUGUUUUCACUCUGCUACCUUCCAACAGCUGGUAGACUAACUAUUACAAUAAUAAAGGCAAGAAAUUUAAAGGCAAUGGAUAUCACAGGAGCAUCAGAUCCCUACGUGAAGGUUUCUUUAAUGUGUGAAGGAAGGCGACUAAAGAAAAGAAAAACUUCCACCAAGAGGAAUACCCUUAAUCCCGUUUACAAUGAAGCCAUAGUCUUUGACGUCCCUCCAGAAAACAUUGACCAAAUUAACUUGUCGAUAGCUGUUAUGGAUUACGACCGUAUAGGUCACAAUGAGGUCAUUGGAGUAUGUCAAGUAGGCAACGAUGCAGAAAGUCUAGGUCGCGACCACUGGAACGAAAUGCUUUCAUACCCUCGGAAACCCAUUGCUCACUGGCAUCCUCUUGCAGAGGAAUCAAGUGGGGGAGGGUGUCCAGCGCAUCCAGGCUGUGCAGAGAAAUAUAUACACAGCAUAUCAUUUUGGUUCCUGAAUCAGGAUUAGACUCAGCGAGAGCUUCUGGAACCUCUGUGGCCACAGCCAUAGGACCCUGAAUAUUUGCUGAAUAGGACCCUCAGUCUUCUACUGUGUGAAGAGCUAUUGGUUUCAAGUAGCAUAAUGUUAUCCACUUGUAGCAUUAAUUCUCCAGCUGACACUACUGCUACUGAUAGAUUAUUUGUUUGGUCGUGAGCAUUACCCAAAUUCAAGUCAUAAUAUCUGUUCAUUAGAAUAACCCAGGUUUUAUAAGCAACAUGAUAGCAACGAAAACCAACAAAUACAGGAAGCAGCAACAAAUAUGGUUCUUGUAUUUGCAGUAUGGAUAGCUUUUGAAAUCAUUUUUUUUCCAAGAAUGAUUGUCAUCAGACAUUUAUUUUUGAUGACAAGUUGCAUCCUCAAUCUCAGUUGGUGCCUCCUUUCACCUUACAUGAAAACAAAUUAAUAUGGUUCUUUGCAGAAAUCCUUCACAUCUGAAAAACUGAAAAAAGUUCUGUUGGGUGAGAACAAGAUACAUAUGGUAUUUGUAAUGACAGUAUGUUCUUUUAGAAAGAAGAUACCCAUCUGUAUAACAUGGAGGCUGUUAGUCUUCAACCUUUGCAGAUGAUUUUCCAAUCAAUGUUUCUCAGUUGUUUCCAUGAGACUGCAAAAAGUUGGAAGCAUAUCACAGGCGGCUAUGCUUUAUCAUAUACGGAAGCACACACAUGUGCGUGCACGUGCACACACACUCCCAAUGUCAUUUUGAAAUGCUGUUCCAAAUAUAUAGUGCCUGUGAAGUCUUCAUUAUUUGUAGUAGAAUUAACAGGGCUGUCAUACAUGAUGAUAUAUUGUAAAUGCUGAUAAAAUAUGACCAUUAAAAAAAAAUAAUUAAAGCACUGAACUCUUCCACCUGAUGAAAUCUAUGCCCUGGAACAAGAGCCCCUGUGAUAAAUUUUUGCCACUUCCUUAGCCAUGCAUGGAGUUCUCUCUUCCUUCAAACUUUUCUAGGAGAAUUUGAUUCAAGUUUUAACAUGGGGAUUUUUAUUUUAAAAUUGCAAAUGCAAAAUAUGGGUAUUUUAUACAAUCUAGUUGCCUGCUACAUACUUACGGAUAGGGAGCCCAUGUCUUUAUAUAUAGUUUAGAUAAGUUUAUGUGCACACACAUUGCUUCAUAUCUUGUAUGUAUUGAAUGCUCACCAAGCAUUUUGGGUUUGCAAUUUUGCUGACACAAAUAUGCAUGCACAGAUUGAAGAAAAUAUUUGAAAUUUUGAUCCAAAAUCUGAAAAAAAAUAGUUUUAUAACCUAUCAAUUGAAGAUCUUCCAGAAAAUCAGAAUUGCUAAUGGGUAAAGCACAGCUUGGCACUCACAGGAAAUCUCGGAUCUGUUGUAAAUGGUUGGUGCAGCUAUAAAGCAGAAGUCCUGUAAGUACAGUGGUUUUCCAAAAUCUCAUGCCAUGCUGUGGAGAAUACAGCUGCCACAUGCAAGGAUACCACUGGCAAACUAAACAGCUCUUCAAAACCUGCCCAAGCAAAAUUUCAGAUAGUUAACUGAGCAUUUCCAGAAGAAUGAAAAAUACAGAUAUAAAGUUGCCCUGGCAAAACUAUUUCACUGCACUUUCAACCGAAGCUUUAUAUCAGCAGGCCAGUGGUACAAUACGAUGUUCAUAUCUGUUCAUGCAUGAUCUUCACUUCAGGCAAAAUCCUGCACUCCUUACUCAGGCCCGUGUCCUGGGAGCCAACACGGGGAGAUGUGCAUGAGCAAAGAAGGAGAACUUGUUCCUUUGGAGUAGAGUUCUUUCAUUUCCUGGACAAAUUAGUAUACAUGCAUCCCUGCCUGGAAUGCAGAGCAGGCAGCUGCACGUUCUCCCACUGCAAUGUUAGCAACAGUAACCUCUGUAAACAGGAAAACAUCUAUGCAGGAGGCUCAUUUUGUGUCCAUGGACGAGUGUAGAAGCCUUUCUAAGAUUUGUCUCUAGCAACUCAAAGGGGCAUCAACUGAAAAGUAGUAUCAUUAUAAUUGCCAGUGUUUUUUUAUUUUAUUACCAUACUCAGUUUAUUUAAUUCUCAUGGGUCUGGCAUCAAGAGAAUGAUUUUGAAGACAGUUCUAUUAAAAACAAAAAACAAACAAAAAAAAAAUCUCUGUUCAGUGAGCAUUUAAAGUAGAAUCCAGCAUACCUCAAAGGCUUAGGGAUGAGGAAGAAAACAUAUUUUUUUAUUAAAUUCUCCUAAUUCUUGCUGACUCAUGAUUUGCAAACUGUUACUCAGGCUGUGGCAUUACUAUGUGCUUUUUACAAAUAUCUGCCUUAUCAUAGCAGUGCAUAUAUGGAAUGAUAGCUAUUUUAUGUAUUUGGAUACUUCACUCUUCACCUUUAUACUCCACUUAACCAAUGCUAUUCCCUAGACCUGAAAUAUUUUCAUGCUAUGGUUCUGGUGGGCCAGUACGCUGCUGCUGUCUUUGGACCGUAGUACGAUAAUACAACAGCACAGUGGAAGGAACAGAGGAUGUACUGCUGCAAGAUCACCUGGAAACCCAGAGAAAAUUAUGAUCCCAAUACUGUUCAGUCUUUCUUUUCUGAACUAUGAUUCUCAGAGGUGAAUUAGUAGAAGGCUCACAAGAAUAAUUCCAAACCCACGACCCUCAUUUGUUUCCUUAUUUCCUGUGAGUGCAUAAUUAUGCUGUAUGACAAGUAUCGUAAUUCUAAAAUAGAAAAGGAAAUCGCUUAGAAAUGCAUCUCAGCAAGAUUUUAAUCCCACUUCACUCAUUAACAAUGUGCUAUUAAACUGUUACUUUUAGUUUUCCAUAACGAGCCACCAUUUCAGAUAUUUUAUGAAAAAGCAGUGUGAAUGGGAAAGCCUUCCAAGCGACUGACACUGAGGCAGAGUAUAAUGGGCAGUUGUGUGAUAUUCCCAUGCCAAAAUACUCACAGCACAAUCCUUCUGCAGUUGAGUGCUGAAAUAUUUCUUUAUCUGUUUCCCCUGAAAUCACAAGACAUUAAAAGCAUUUCUAUUCUCUUUUGUUUCAUUUUUCCCUGUAAAAUGAAAUGUCCGCUGCCUGACAGUGGACAAACACACAUGCAUCUCAAUCUGGGGAAGCAGGGACUACCUGAAAGUAGGAGAAAAGACCCAGUGCUCAAACUGUUCCUACCAGUCAAGGCACAGUUCAGCUUUCUAUGCCAAUGAAUCCAUGAAACAGCAAAGUAGUACAUAUGAGAAACGUUAUAUAGAAGUACAAUUUAACUACAAGUGGUGGAACUGCUGGUUCAAUCCCAAGUGAGACAACAGCAAAGGGCAACACAAAAGAACGAAAAAUAGGUUAUUUCAGUGUACCCCUCUUGGCUUGAGGGGAUAGUUGUUGGGGGUUUUUUUGGUAGUUUUUGUUCUUUGAUUUUUUUGUUUGAUUUGGUUUUAUUUUUGUGUUUUUAAACACCAAACAUGAUAGGUAGCUAUAUUAACAUGAGCACCCAAAGUCAGAGGUACAAGAGACAUAUUUACAUGUUUAUCACAUGGCAACAUUAGAGCACUGAGGGGACCUAUUUGUCAUUGAAAAAAAUAGCUGCAAACUCUCUUUUAGUUUAAUAAUAACACACAAUAAAUGGGAAGGGAGAAAGAGGACUGGAAAUUUGGUUAAAAAAUCUGUUUGACCCAGUUAGAAAUCUAUCUGCAAUUACUUUACUGUUAAUGCAUUUUGUUUGAACAGAGAGAAGUGAAAAAACAUAACUAGGUGACUAAAUCUGAAGUGUCAUCAAUUAAAUGCUUUCUUCCCUUUAGAACAGUGCAUUGUCAAAUGAUUACAUCUCAGUAUCAAGUGAGAAAACAAUGUUCUUAUCUACAAGAAAAAAAGCAUGUAGAGAAAGUAAUCCACAAUACUGUAGAAUUUAACAGAAGGCCUCUGUGCUGGGAAAAAUGGCAGCAAGACAGACUUUGUAACAGCGGCACCUGGAAUCUUGCUGUAAUUAGUGCAAGGCCUUGCUUGCAACCGUAAUUCUGUACUGAAGUGACAGCCUUACAAUAUGUGAACCAAGCUGUGCAAGGUGGGAAUUAUCUUGUAAGGGCACUGCACAUUCAGGGCUGACUAGUCUUAGAAGCUGCGGUUACAGUUAAUUACUCAUACAGUCGGUGGGGCAAGGAACUACGGCUGGAAGUUCUGCAGGGUCCUGCAGUUCCCUGAAAGGACCUCCAUCUCCUUGAAGGGCCAUAAAGUGCACGAAUCCAGAUGGCAGUGAUGGACACUAAUCAUCAGGACAUACCUCAGCUGCUGACCGAACACAGCACACGUGGCACAGAGAGGAAGAUGACAUGAGGACUUGUAAGCAUCUGGGCUGUUUGUUUGUUUGUUUGUUUUGUCUGGGUUUUUUAGUUCCUCCUUCUCUUGCUCAAACGUAGACAUUGUAAAACUGGAAUGUUUUACUCAGUUGCAUGCUGGCCAGCUGUCAUUUUUAAUACCCAUUGCAAAGGUGCGUGAAGAGAGGUGUGUUGUUUUGGUAUACUUUUGUUUUCAAUAACACAUGAACAUUGUACUAUAUUAUUUCUUGUUCAAUAAAUAGUCCUGGUAUCUCUAUGUUUCAUGUCUAAUUUUGGAGACUAGAGCCAUACCUGUAUCAAGGCUCUCUCAAUUACGUGGGCAUUUUGUUCAUUUAGUAGAAAUAAUGCAUGAUUCCUUUCGCAGUGAUGGUUUGAGGGACAAAAACUUUCUUAAUUUUAUAAUAUGUAUUACAAUCUUCUAAACACAAGUAAAAAUGUACUGUGAUUUAUUUAUAUAAAUCUAGUCUGAACAAAUAAGUUUUGAUCUUAAUAAAAAC